AAAGGAACAAGGGGAGCUGAGGAGGGACGAAACAAAAAAGGGGUAAGGCAAAUGUCCAAAAUGGUACAAUUGCCAUGGGGGCGAUCCCACAAUCGCCGCACCAAAAAGAUGCGCGUCAGCAAAUCCCCCCUAUACCCAUGUUCGUCAUGCCGCUUAUCUCGAGUUCGGGCCGGGCGUGACUCGGGGAAGAUAUGUCGUUGUAGAUUUAGAUUUCAUGUACGAUACAUACGGUUGGCGGUAAGUACUCGGCUGUAUCUGGGAUUAUCUGGAGACUGAUGCUAAUUUUAUCGAAAAACAUUCCUCCCGAAUGUUUGGUGCCAGAUGUUGUGACCAGACACUGUACCGGUAUGCGGACUCGAUGCUGAUUCCCCUACUGCUUUGCCGCGGUUGCUGCAGACUGGGGUACCAGGGCUGGUGCUGAGUGCUGGUGUGCAGCACAACAACGAGUGAGAAAUAUGGCGAGAGCUCCGUGAAGGAUGCCGUGGGUGUCAGAUACGGCGAGAGAGGGAGGGAAGGAAGGGCGGUAGAGGAAUGAGAAGGUCUCGGGUUGAAUGAAUGAAUGAAUGAAUGACAUGGGGAGAAAAGAGAGCACGCAGACGCAGGGAAGGCAUGAGCGUGUGUACGAAAAUGUGUGUGUAUGUGUGUCUAUCGUUAGCUGGAGGAAAGGGGGAUCAAUUGGUGAUCCCAGACGAGCAGGAGGAAGUGGAUGAACGAAUUGGAGGGUCAAUAAUGGGAAUAUGAUGGACUGCGAUGCUAAUGGCCAGAAUUUACUGUGUAGAUGUCGAAUCCCCUUGAAUACGAUGCAUUGGAUGCCGGGGACAUGGCAUGGAGUGACGGGAGAUCUCUAUAGGAUGGGGACCACGGGCAGAGUUUGAACUUUGAAGGGAACGGUUGGGCCACGGCUUUCUCGCCCCCAUUGAAGCCGCCAGACUACAGGGCAGGCGGUGAGGUGGGGGGAGAUCUGGUUCAUCGAAUAAUAAUGAUCGUAAUUUGGCGUCCGCCUCCACAAAGCACUAGAGAAAGGCGAACGGAUGAACGUAUAGGUGUGUGUGUAAUUCUGAUUCUGGUUCUGAUUCUGAUUCUAAUUAUUAUUAUUUUUAUUCCAUCCUUUUCUUUUCUUUUCCUUUCCUCUCUUCCCUUUUCGGUGCGUGUAUCUGCACUUAUCGAAGAAGCAUUUUUUUUCUCACAGAUCCGGGCUUAUCUACCACGUCCUGCGCACCACCCCCUUUCCAGUCUCUCUAGUCGUUUCUUUCCUCCUUCCUUCCAUACUCAUUCCUUGCAGCCCUUGACCUGUAACCGCGCUCCACAAAAAGAAACCCAGUCCACACUCACUAUCCUUCACCCUUCCACUCCUUUUCCUCUUACCGUAGGAUUUUUUUUUUGACUUUUUCAUCAUUGGUUAUUAUAUUCCUACUGUAUCUGCUUUUCCUUCAAGUAUCCCACAUCCCCCCCUCCCCCAGCAGCAAUCCAUCAACACAGCCUCUCCUUUUUUUUUUUUUCUUCCAUCAUCGAAAUACAGCUCUCGUUUUCUGCUCC